AGGAAUGACUCUACCGAGUUUACCUUUCGUCAACUCGAGGCUCUGGCAGUACGCUUCCGAAUUUGGUAUAGUAGCCCCGAGGUUGGCUGGGUUGCAAGAUUUUGAUGUUCAGAUUGAUUUUCUCGAGAAAUUGUACCGCAUGGAACCCAGGUCACUGGCAGUCCAGCUUUCGGAAGACGAUCUUCUCCUCUUUCGGUGGCUCACCGUCGAUGAUAUUACUGAGGGCCGCGGCGAUGUCCUGUCAGCUCUGAACUUCCGUUGGAACAGCCUUUGCCGUGGGACAGAGGAAUGUUCAGCUACUGGGGACAGCUUUGAUCCGCAAUUAGUUGAAUUGGCACAGGAACUGUAUCGCUUGCGCAAUUAUUACUCUUUGACUGCAAUCCUCCAAGGCGUCCGUUCGAGCGGAAGAAGCCUCGCAAUGCUUCAAAAAUUUGACUACCUGAUAAAUUCAGAACAAAGUUACUUGCAGUAUAGGCAGAGCAUCUCUUCUGGCCCUGCACUGCACUUUCUGUUUCCUUUCUUACAAACUCGAUUUGAGAAGGCUGCGGUUGUGGCUGCCUCAAGAGUAGUAUCAUCUAUCAAGAAGUAUACUUUGUAUACUUUGGAGAACGAGUUCAGAAGCCCUCCCCGACACCGCGCUGGUCUUCUAUCCUUCUUGCGUUCCUCCAGGUAGACUAUAUUAAUCAAGCUUGUUCCAAAAAUCAACAUCAAACGACACCACAUAUUUCCAAGAGUUCCAUUCCCAAAUGGCUGCUCCCACCGCACAGCGCAGGCAACCAGACCGGGUAUGAAAAACUAACCCGCGCGUGAGCAGAAGAAGCCUGCGCGCCGGACUACCUAUAGGGCCUCGACCCAGCUCCCAGGCCGUCCUCUCAAAACAACCAACUCGGCAAGAACCGACGGAAGCUGGCGAAAGCCCCAGGACCCGGAUCCGGGUACGCCCCGGGGCCGAGGGGAUGGUCGGCGCACAUGCGGGCCUGGGACA